AUGAAGUGGUUUUGGGUCCUGGGACUGGUGGCACUCUCAGAGGCCUUGGUCACGAUCCCUUUGAAAAAGAUCAAACCAUUACGAGAAAGGCUCAGGGAAAAAAACCUGCUGAAAGAUUUCCUGGAGAAGCACCCUCAUUCUGCGAUCUACAAGUAUUUUGACAACCCACAGAUAGAAGCCAUCUCUUCAGAGCCCCUGAGGAACUUCCUAGAUCUGGCGUACAUCGGCACCAUUGGCAUUGGAACCCCCCCUCAGGAUUUCGACGUCAUCUUUGACACGGGUUCUACUGACUUGUGGGUCCCCUCAAUCUACUGCUUCAGCCCUGCCUGCACCAACCACAAUGCCUUCAACCCUCUGCUGUCCUCCACCUACCAAUUCUUGGGUCAAUCCAUCUCCAUUACCUACGGCACUGGGAGUAUGAAGGGGUUUCUCUCCAGAGACGUUGUUAAGGUUGCAGGGAUGCUUGAUGUGAAUCAAGACUUUGGCCUGAGCACCCUGGAGCCCGGCGAGUUCAUGGACAAAGCUCCCUUCGACGGCAUUCUGGGACUGGCCUUCCCCUCUAUUGGCUUCAAAAAGACCACCCCCGUUUUUGACAACCUGUGGAAACAGGGUCUUAUUUCUCAGAACCUGUUUGCCUUCUACUUGACUGGCAAGGAAGACAACAGCAGCGUGGUGAUGUUUGGUGGUGUGGACCCCUCCUACUACACAGGGAAUCUUCAAUGGAUCCCACUGACCAAGACCACCUACUGGCAGUUCACCAUUGACAGCAUCUCCAUGAACAAAAGGAUCAUUGGCUGCCAAGGUGGCUGCCAGGGCAUUUUGGAUUCUGGAACGUCUUUGUUGGUUGGACCAGAAUAUACUGUCCUCAACAUCCAGAGGGUCAUCAACGCCAGGACCUCUUAUGGUGGCGAGUACAUCAUGAACUGCAACGCGAUGACAACUCUCCCUGAUAUCAUCUUCACCAUCAACGGAGUUGACUACCCAGUGCCAGCCACAGCCUACAUCCGAAAGGAGAGUUCCGCAUGCUACAGCAACUUCGACGCGCUACCCCAAGGCUUUUAUGGCCAGAACUGGAUCGUGGGGGACGUCUUCAUGAGACUCUAUUUCUCCGUCUUCGACCGAGAAAAUAACAGGAUUGGCCUGGCGCCCGCAGCAAAAAUCUAG